UCCAGGGGGGGGCGAUGGGGGCGAUCGGCCCCCCCUCUCAACCCAAGUGAUUUAUUUUUUUUAAUUAUAAUACAGUAAAACCUGUGUUACCGGCCACCUGCCAAAAUCGGCCACCUGUACUAACGGCCAGUUUAAAAAAUCCCCAAACCAAUUAUAAGUAGACAACAAAAACUGGCAAUACCGGCCACCUUUCUAUAUCGGCCAAUGGUUCUUUCAUUUUUAGUGGCCGUUACUGACAGGUUUUACUGUAUAAAGAUUACAAAAACAUUCAUUUAUUUUUCAAAUGGAUAAUUAUACAUGUUUUAAAAUUACAAUAUUAUAUGAAUUACAUACAAAUAUAUUUUUUUGUAUGGGACUUGUCUAAAACGGGCCAGUGACGCCAGUGUAUUCGGAAAUGAGUAAUUUAUAAUUCUUAGGUAUAGUCAUUAAAAAUUAAAAAUGAUUACAAUAAGCAUAUUUAAACAAAUAUGUAAUGUAUAUACUGUGAACGCAUACCUAAGCAUGUCCACCCUCGUAUAAUUAUAAAAUCGGUUGCAGAUAACGGAUUCUUCGAAAAUCUCUCGAAAAUAGCGCGCCCAGCAAAACUAUAUUAAUUUGCCGAAAAUAUAAAUGUAUUAUGUUCAAACGAUUGCUGAUUGCUGACCACGAAAAAAGAACACCCUUUGCUUAUUAAUUAUUAUUAGUCAUUAGUGUAUUUUGUCUAUCGAUGCAAGUAACAUCUCUAAUACUGAUUCGUACAGAUCUUAGUUUGUAAAUUGUUAGAGUGAUUAAUAUUAUUUUGAGUUUAUUCUUCUUUUUUAUAUUAAUAUAGUUUGUGAUUUACGAAGAGUUAUAAAAUGUCAAAUAAACGAAAAGAAGCUUCUACCGAGAACUUGAAAAGUAAAAAAUUCAAAUGUCGCAAUAUAGCUGAUUAUUUUUUUAAAAAUCAACGUAAUUUGGGUGAUAGUGAUAAUAUUAAUAGUAAUGAAGAUAAUAAAUAUGUACAAGGUACAUCUUAUCAGAUAGAUCAUACUAUGAGACCUACUGAUCUUGGAUCAAAUUUAAGUUCUGAGAGCAUUCAAAACAAGUCAUGCGAUUUUUCAGUGCGUCCGAUACAAAUCAACGAUGAUGCAGUAAAUCCCAAUUCUACUUUCGAGAGUUUUAUGGAAAAAGAUAUUGACAACCGCAAUUCUACACAAACUUCCACAAAAACAUACUCAGAUGACUAUCAAAAUUUGCAAAUGUGUUUAGAUGAGGACGAUGAACGUUCAUCGGUGAACGUUAGUGAAAAGACGAGUGCACCAAACCUUGUUUUAGAUAUUGGAAAUUAUAUUGGUUUUAAAAUCGAUGACUUAACAAAAAAAGGAAUUUUACAAAAUCAUUGGGUUCCUCCUAAAAAUUAUCAGUUCCCUUAUUCGAUGCAGAUGAAGAAUGGCGUAGAAGGUAAAAGAUAUGCUAGUCAGAAGCAUUUAGAUCAAUAUAAAUGGCUUGUAUUGUCCGAAGCGAAAAAAGGAUAUUUUUGCAAAUAUUGUGCAUUAUUUCUGAAUGUUGGAGGUAAUCACAAAAAUGUUCAUGUGAAAAAAUUAGUGUCCGAACCAUUAUGUAAAUUUACGAAGCUUUUUGGAAAAGACGGCUUUCUUGAUAAUCACGCAUCACGUGAUUAUCACAUUCAAUCUCUGAUGUCUGCGAAACAAUUCUUAAAAUUUAUUGAAAAUCCUAAUUUAGAUAUUGUUAACCAAGUCCAUAAUGAGAGGUUGAAACAGGUGUUGGAAAAUCGAAAACGUUUAAGACCAAUAGUUGAAUGCAUAAAUUAUCUUGGUAGGCAAGGUAUAUCUUUUCGAGGUCAUCGUGACGAUGGACAAUUAAACAUUAAUACUGUUGCUAGCCCUAUCAAUGAAGGAAACUUUAGAGAAUUACUAAAGUUUCGAAUUCAAAGUGGAGAUUUAGAAUUGAAAAAUCACCUCGAACAAUCUUCAGCUCGAGCAACUUUUAUAAGUAAGACCUCACAGAAUGAGCUUAUUAAUAGCUUUGGAGAAGAAAUAUUAGAUGUAAUAAUAAGUCGAAUCAAAGAAGCUAAUUUUUACAGUAUAAUAUUUGAUGAGACUACAGAUAUUGCUCAUAUCUCUCAAAUGACAUUGGUAGCAAGAUAUUUAUACAAAGGCAAAGUUAGAGAGGAUUUUAUUAAAUUCAUUGAUCUCUAUAAUGAGAUAAAAAAUUCAAAUAAAACUGAUUGUGAAGCAGAGAAUGAAAUUAAAGAAACAGGUUACAACUUAGCUCAAGUUGUAUUAGAAACUUUAAAAAAAUCAACUUUAGAAGUUAAGAAUUGUGUAGGCGUGACUACAGAUGGCUGCUCUGUAAUGGUUUCUGAAACUGUUGGUGCAGUGGUUACCUUCAAAAAUGAAGCUAUUAAUGCCGUUUAUUCACCAUGCUUUAACCAUAUUUUAAAUCUUUCGAUUGGUAAAUCUUCAUCAGUUCAAUCUGUCAGAAAUGCGAUUGGAACGAUGAAACAAGUAAUUUCUUUUUUUAAAACUUCGGCAAAACGAAAUAUAGCUCUUAAGAAUAUGAUGGGACAUCAGCUUAGUGGUUUGUGUGAGACGAGAUGGGUUGAACGUCACAACGGAGUUCUUCAAUUUCGAGAAUCUCUGCCAAAAAUUCACGAAUGCCUUGACGCUGUAUCUUCGUGGAGUGACUCACAGACUUCUGCAAAGGCUAAGAUAUUAAUAUCUGCAACAUCUGAACCUGAAUUUCUUGUGACGACUAUCUGCUUAUCAGAAGUACUUUCUCAUACUUUGCCAUUAAGUCGUUUUUUUCAAAGGCCAAAAAUCGAUUUAAAAUCAGCACGUGAUAUGCUUAAUGAUGUUUUGAAGAUUUUAAAUCGAAAGCGAGAAAAAUGUAAUGAAAUAUUUUCAAGUUUGUAUGAUGAAAUUUGUGGCAUUGCGGAUGAACUCAGUAUAGAGAUAAAACUUCCUCGUCUAGCGAAAAAACAGCGAAAUCGGGAAAAUUAUCCAUGUGAAAACCCUCAAGACUAUUUUAAACGGUCUAUAUACAUUCCAAUACUUGAUAACGUCAUCGAAGAUUUACAAUCUCGCUUUCCUGAAGAAACGUUAAAUUUAUACAGUUUCUCAAUUUUAUUUCCUGAGUUGUUAGAAAAAUCUGACGAAGAGUCAAUAGCAAAUGCUGCUCAUAUUCUAGCUGAUAAAUAUUGUGUUUUUUUCAAUGAAAGUUCAGCUUCUGUAUAUAAAACUCUAAGAGCAGAGUUGGAAUAUUGGGAAGCAUAUUGGAAAAGAGAAAAAUACGACUUGUCUUAUGAUAGUGUAAAACUUUUAGAGUUUUGUGAUAUUGAUAUUUAUCCUAAAAUUCAUACUUUCUUGAAAAUAUUUGCGACAUUACCUUUGAGUGCAUCUAGUGCUGAAAGAACAUUCUCUACCUUGAGGAGACUUAAAACUUGGCUACGGUCUACUAUGGUUGAAGAGAGGCUAGUUGGCUUGGCAUUGAUGAAUAUUCAUCAUGAUAUUCAUAUUAAUAUCGAUAAAGUUAUCGAUCGUUACGCGCAUACAAGAACACAUCGUUUAGAUUUUGUAUUAUAACUCUUUUUACGUUCUUACCAAUUAAAUGUUACUUUUUUAAACGCUUUUAUUUAGUUUUAAAAAUAGUCAAAUUUUUAGACGUUAAUUUGACUACCUUUUUUUCAAUGUAAAUGAUUGAAAAUUUGCAGACAUAUGUAUUCGUGGGAACAAUACACGAAUUUUUUGUUUAUUGUUUAAAUAAAAAAAAACGAUUUUAAUGGAAAACGCUUAAAUUCUCUUGUUUUUUACAAUGUAGAAACAUGAAACUUUUACGGAUUGUAGCUAAUGAUAUGAACUAUAAAUAAUUUCACUUUUACGUUUAUUGUUUACGUUAUGCUUCAUAAAUAAACAAUAAAGUUUCAAAUUUUGAACGCUCAUAUAUUUGUUUAUAUAAAAGACUACGCUUAUUCGUGUCAAAUUUCAAUACGAUACAAAACAAAACUUCAACCAAAACUCGAAUUAAAAAAAUUCGUGUUUUUAUCGUAGUCUUAGAAAAACCACCGGUAGAGACUUUUGUGCUACAAUAAUUGUUCACAAAAACAAAUACUUAUGUUAAUUAUUAACAUUAGAAUUCGUUUUGGCGUAUUAAUUAAACGCUUUUCUUUAGUUCAAUCGUCUGGGUAAAAUCUUUAGACGUUACUUUGACUGCCUUUUCUUCAAUGCAAAUGACUGAAAAUUUGCAGACAUAUGCAUUUGCGGGAACAAUACACGAAUAGUCAAUAUUUUUUUUAUGUUUAUUAAUUGCUAAAAAAACGGAAAAUGCUUAAAUUCUCUUGUUUUUUACAAUGAAGAAACUUGAAACUUUUACAGAUUUGAGUUUUUACGUUAAUUGUUUACGUUAUGCUUCAUAAAUAAACAAAAAAGUUUUAAAUUUUUUGCCGAUUCCGACUACUUUUCAUGUUUGUACAUCAUAUGUUUUAUACAUAUAUUUUAAUAAACAUGGCGAUAUAUUUUAUUGUUUGAAAAGUGUAAGACUAAAAAGUAAAAAAUAAAAAAAUAUGAAAAUUUUUUUUAAGAAACGCUUUUCUUUAGUUACGAGUGGCCAAAAUUAAAAGUAUUAUAAAAAAAAUCAACUAAAAACCAAAAAAUAAAAAAAAAUUGAAAAAAUCUAACACAUUCGUUAAAGAAAAGCGUGGGGCGAAAACCGUUUAUUCGAUGAAGACGCGCCAUGCUUUUCUUUGACGAAUGUUUAAGAUUUUUUCAAUUUUUUUUAUUUUUUGGUUUUUAGUUGAUUUUUUU